UGGACUUUGAUUCAGAGGAGAUUGCUUCAGUCCCUUGUGUAUAUAGGAAAAGCCAUUUUCUCCAUAAACCGACGGAUCGGAUCAUCAUGCCUGUCGACCUUGCUAAAGAGAGACAGCAACAGUCUGUGGCGAUGUGCUUAGAGGCUCGAGGAGAGUGUCUGGAUCUGGGAAAGAAGAUCAGCGUUCCUCAGGAUGUAAUGAUGGAGGAGUUGACCCUGCUUUCAAACAAGGGUUCCAGAAUGUUCCAACAGAGACAAAAGAGAGUGGAGAAGUUCACACUCGAAGGUGCCGGAAAGCAAGCUGACAAUGGAAGUGAGACUCUAUCUCAUCAGGCUACAGAAGGCCUGACAGAUAGAGCUCACUACGACACGAAGGUCAGCCCUGCAGAAAGAAACACGCUGCUGGCCAAACUUCAGCACACCGUAGCCAAAAAGGGAAGCCCGGGCGUUCUGGCACCAGGAUAUUCUGGGCCGCUGAAGGAGAUUCCUCCUGAGAAGUUCAAUGUUACAGUAAUCCCCAAGUCCUACUGCUCACCAUGGGAGGAACGGAGCAAUAAUGAAACCUUGCUGGCUGACAUCAGCUCCCGUCUGCCCGAACCUCCUUUCAAACUCGCCCCUGCCAACUACAAAUGUUUUAACAGAGCCCCGAUUCCAUUCGGAGGGACAACAGGUAGUACCCGGACGCUGCCUCUGCCUGGCUUUGAGCUCAUGCAAGCCUACACUGAGCCCUCCCUUAACUGGGAGAGAAUGUGCCAUCGACCCAACUUUAACCGCAUACCGACACCCUGGAGGGCUUAAAUGCACUGCUGAGACCCUAAAACAGUCAAGCAUCAGUGGUCUGCAUUUAAACAUCCCUACAGCCACAUCAGCAUGCAUAAAAUCAUAUAAACUGCAAACUGAGCCAAAACACUGAGGAUUCUUCUAACUAAGGUUUACAAAUUU